AUCUUUCUUUUCUCUUAUCUUCACUUUUUAUUCUCACAUUCAUAUUGUUUUUAUUAUUAUUCUUUGUUGUUUCUUCUCCGCCUCUCUUCUUUUCUUCACUCUUACGAUAUGUCGUUUUUGGAGAUUUUUUAAAGGGUACCAAAAUAUAUUAAAGUAAUUUCUCUUCCGGAAAACCCUAGAUUUUGUGUCUGAAAUCUUGAUCUGCUUCUUCAAUGGACGCCGAUUCCGAUGCGGAGAAUCAAAAUAAGAGUAAUGAAAGUAAGAAAAUUGCUGGUAAUCUUUCCAAUGAUGGUCAACAGAGCAAGCCCAAACGGCAGAUGAAGACUCCCUUUCAACUGGAAACCCUAGAGAAGGCCUAUGCUUUGGAGACAUACCCAUCUGAGGCAAUGCGAGCCCAGCUAUCUGAAAAAUUAGGCUUGUCUGAUCGGCAACUGCAGAUGUGGUUUUGCCACAGAAGGUUGAAGGAUAAAAAGGAAAAAGAGAAUCCACCCAAAAAAAUGAGGAAAAAUGUGGCUGCCAUAAUGCCGGAAUCUCCUGUAGACGAGUUCAGGGCUGGGACUGAGCCUGGGAGUGAUUAUGGGUCCGGCUCAGGGUCUGGCUCAAGUCCGUAUAUGGUGGCAGCAGGGUCUUCUCGAGCUUUAAUGGAUGAUUUGCCGAUUGUGAGGAGGUCUUAUGAGUCACAGCAGUCAAUAAUGGAGCUUAGAGCAAUUGCCUGCGUGGAGGCACUGUUAGGGGAGCCAUUGAGAGAGGAUGGGCCAAUCUUUGGAAUGGAGUUUGAUCCCUUGCCACCUGAUGCAUUUGGAGCGCCAAUAGCUAGUGCUGAUCAGCAGAAGCGGUCUGAGCAUUCUUAUGAGGGCAAAGUAUAUGAGCGACAUGAGACCAAAUCAAACAAGGCUACAAGGGCUCUCCAUGACUAUCAAUCUCUCCAAGACCAGCCUUAUUUUCAUGGUUCACCCGUUGAUGCUCCAAGGGCUAGAUCGUUGUUUGCACAUGGACAUGAACCUUUGUCCAGAGUUCCUGGUGUCCAAGGCCUUGCAUCUCGUGUUCGUGUUUUAUCUCAGCAAGAGAAACCAGGGCACAUUUUUUCAUCACCUAAUGGGGGUGAAGACUCUCUCCCACAAAGGGAAUCCUCUUCAAACAAUAGGAUAUCUGGUCAAUCUAUUGCCAACCCAAUUUUUGGAACUGAAGAUCCUUAUCCAUUGUCUGAUGGCCAAACCUUCCAUAAUGAUCCUGAGCUACGGGCGGACAGGAAACGCAAGAGUUUGCAAAUUGAUGAAGGUAGAAUUGCAAGGGAAGCUGAAGCACAUGAGAUUCGGAUACGGAAAGAGCUUGAGAGACAAGAUAAUCUGAGGCGAAAGAGUGAAGAACGAAUGAGGAAAGAAAUGGAGAAGCAUGAGCGUGAAAGAAGGAAGGAAGAAGAAAGGUUAAUUCGUGAAAAGCAGCGAGAAGAAGAGAGAUCAUUACGUGAACAAAGACGUGAAAUUGAGCGAAGGGAAAAGUUUUUACAGAAAGAAUACUUAAGAGCUGAAAAGAGGAGGCUAAAAGAAGAACUUCGCAUAGAAAAACAGGCAGCAAAACGUAAAGUUGCCAUUGAGAAGGCAACUGCCCGCAAAAUGGCAAAAGAGUCUAUGGAUCUUAUCGAGGAUGAGCAAUUGGAACUCAUGGAUUUGGCUGCUGCAAGCAAGGGAUUAUCCUCAAUAAUUCAUCUUGAUCUUGAUGCUUUGCAAAACCUUGAGUUAUUCAGAGAUUCUCUUAGUGUUUUCCCACCCAAGUCUGUGCAACUCAAACGGCCAUUUGCUGUUCAGCCAUGGAGUGAUUCAGAGGAGAAUAUUGGGAAUCUUCUCAUGGUUUGGAGAUUUUUUAUCACCUUUGCGGAUGUUCUUGGGCUAUGGCCUUUUACUUUGGAUGAGUUUGUGCAAGCUUUUCAUGAUUAUGAUUCAAGGUUGUUGGGUGAGAUACAUGUUGCUCUCCUCAAAUCCAUAAUAAAAGAUAUUGAAGAUGUUGCAAGGACUCCUACUGGAAUAGGAAUAAGUCAAUAUUGUGCCGCUAAUCCUGAAGGUGGACAUCCACGAAUCAUUGAAGGGGCAUAUUCGUGGGGCUUUGAUAUACGCCAUUGGCAGCGGCACUUAAAUCCAUUAACUUGGCCAGAAAUAUUUCGGCAGUUAGCAUUGUCUGCUGGAUUUGGGCCACAGUUGAAGAAAAAAAGCAAUUCAUGGACCAGCCUGGGUGAAAACCAUGAGGGUAAAGGUUGUGAAGACGUAGUUUCUACUAUUCGUAAUGGUUCAGCUGCUGAAAAUGCAUUUGCAUGGAUGCGAGAAAAAGGUCUAUUACUUCCACGAAGAUCUAGGCAUAAAUUGACUCCUGGAACUGUCAAAUUUGCUGCUUUUCAUGUUCUUUCACUUGAGGGAAGCAAGGGAUUAACUGUGCUAGAACUUGCUGACAAGAUUCAGAAAUCUGGACUCCGGGACCUAACCACAAGCAAGACACCAGAGGCAUCAAUUUCUGUUGCUUUGACAAGGGAUACAAAACUUUUUGAAAGAAUAGCUCCUUCAACAUAUUGUGUACGACCUGCUUUUAGGAAGGAUCCUGCAGAUGCUGAGGCAAUACUUGCAGCAGCUAGAAAGAAAAUUCGGAUAUUUGAAAAUGGGUUUUUAGGUGCAGAAGAUGCUGAUGAUGUUGAACGAGAUGAUGACUCGGACUGUGAUGUUGAUGAGGAUCCUGAAGUUGAAGAUUUGGCUACUCCGUCAACUGCAAACAAAAUCGUUGACCGUUAUGAUGAAGCAAAUCCUUGCUCAGGGAGUGGAAAAGACAAUAUUUGCAAUGAUGUUGCACUUAGUGUGCAAAAUGAGGUUGACAAGGAUUUUUCGUCUUUCUCAGUGAAUGGUUCUAAGGAUGCAAGCUGUCCAAGUAUCACUGCACAGUAUGUUGGUGAAGACUUUGGGGCUAGUAAUCUUAAUCAAGAAAAUGUUGAAAUUGAUGAAAGCAAACCUGGUGAAUCAUGGAUUCAAGGACUUACAGAGGGUGAUUACUCUCAUCUCAGUGUUGAGGAGCGUCUUAAUGGCCUUGUUGCCUUAAUAGGUUUAGCAAAUGAGGGAAACUCUAUUCGUGCAGUUCUUGAGGAUCGCUUGGAAGGAGCAAAUGCUCUUAAAAAGCAAAUGUGGGCUGAGGCACAAGUAGAUAAAAGUCGCCUGAAAGAAGAGAUUAUGAGUAAAGUAGAUGUUGCAACUUCUAUGGGGGGCAAAGCGGAAACACAACCAGGUAGUUUUACAGUGGAGGAAAGCCAAAGUCCAUUGCCUGUUACUGUUGACAAUAGAAACGAGGAAUCUCCAAACCUUGCAGAAGAUAAAAAACCCUUGAUUGUUUCACAAGGUAUUCAGAAUAAUCUCAAUGAUUUUCCUACUGAGAGGACCUUAGCUGUUCAAGAUCCCUCUACAGGUCUGGAUAACCUUGCAACUCAGCAACAUGGAUAUACUUCAAAAAGAUCACGCUCACAGUUGAAAGCUUAUAUAGCACACAUAGCAGAAGAAAUGUAUGUGUACAGAUCCUUGCCUCUUGGUCAAGAUCGAAGACGCAACCGAUACUGGCAGUUUGUUGCAUCUGCUUCUAAAAAUGAUCCUUGUUCUGGCAGAAUCUUUGUUGAAUUGCAUGAUGGAAAUUGGAGGCUUAUUGAUACAGAAGAGGCCUUUGAUACUCUAUUGACGUCUUUGGAUACACGAGGAAUCAGAGAAUCUCAUCUGCGCAUAAUGUUGCAAAAGAUUGAGACAUCCUUCAAAGAAAAUGUUAGAAGGAACUUGCAGCAUGACAAUACUGCAGGCCGAAGCGGAGCCACCAUUAAAAAUGAAACUACUGAAAUGGAUGUUGAUUCUGAGUUUGCUAGUUCAGACAGUCCUAGUAGUGCUGUUUGUGGUUUAAAUUCUGAUUUAACUGAAACAUCAUCUUCAUUCAGAAUUGAGCUUGGGAGAAAUGAGAUUGAGAAAAAAGCUGCCUUGGAAAGGUACCAAGAUUUUCAGCAGUGGAUGUGGAAAGAAUGCUAUACUUCACUGCCACUAUGUGCCAUAAAAGUUGGGAAGCCAAGAUGCAAACAGUUGCUGGCCAUUUGUGAUGGUUGUCUUGAUUCUUAUCUUUCUGAGGAUACUCAUUGCCCAUCUUGCCACCAGACAUUUGGUGCAGUUGAUAACAAUUCUAAAUUUUCUGAACAUGUUGGUCAAUGUGAAGAGAAGAGCAAGUUAGGGCAAGGGGAUAUGCAUAUUUUUCACUCUUCUCUUCCGUUUGGAAUUAGAUUGCUUAAGGCCCUGUUUUCUGUAAUUGAGGCGUCUGUACCAUCAGAAGCUUGGGAAUCUUUUUGGACAGUAGAACAUGCUUUCUGAAACCGUUCGUUCAACUCGUAAAGUAGUAAGUGACAAGAAGUCCUACAGGUAUUGACUCUAUGUGAGAGUGGCAUGAAGCGACAGUAUUUAUCAUCCAACUUUGAGACAACAAAAGAAUUAUUGGGCUCCUCUGUUCUGUCUGCUGAUGCUGCGUCAGUUCCUAUACUCCCGUGGAUUCCAAAAACUACUGCAGCUGUUGCUCUGAGACUUUUGGAGCUUGAUGUCUCGAUAAUGUAUGUAAAGCCGGAGAAAGUUGAACCCUUAGAGGAUAAGGAAGUUAAAGAAUAUGUAAAGCUGCCUGCAAGAUAUUUAACUCUCAAGAAUAAAGAGGUUGAACUAAAACUUCUGGACCGAGAUGGACAUAUGAAAGAAGAGAAUUAUGCUAAUCUGACUGGAAAACGUAAAAACAUUAAGCGUGGAAAAAAGAGUCGUGACCAAGGAUGGGGAAGAAAGUAUCAGAGAAAAGCUCCUGGUAUGAGUAGUGACCCUGGCAGGCGAAAUGCAAGGGAAAAUGAGAAUCUAAACCGACAGAGACAGCAGAUAGUAAAAACAAAUGGUCAGGUAGGUGGACGGGGUCGCCGAACAGUUAGGAAGAGAGCAGAAAGGAGAUCUGAGAACGAGACACUACAGAACCAAAUGGGUGACAGAGUUAUCCCCAAGAACAGUCGAGAAUUACAUAGAAACUUGGAUGAGGAUGAUUGGGGUGUUGGAAAGGUGGAGAUGAUAAAUAUGGAGGAUGCUGAGAAUAGCAACAGUGCGGAAGCAGUAGACUCCGAUGACAAUGUCCAAGCAGUAGAAUAUGAGCAAGGAAAUUGGGAGCUUGGUUUUAAUGGUGUCCCUAAUGGUUGGAAUAGAGGUAUGAUGGAAGUAAGUGAUGAGGAUGUAGAUGUAUCUGGAGAUGAUCGCGGCAUUGAAGAGGUAGGAGAAGAAGAUUCAGAGGGAGACAUGGAUUUAAGUGAAGCCUCUGAUCAAAUGGGAAUUGAUGAUGGCGAUGGCGUGGACUCUGCAGUUUCAGAAUAUAGUGAUUGAUACUACAAAGCUGCAAAAUAUUUUUGAUAUUGUAGCUUCACUAGCGAUUUAAAUUUGUGUAUAAGAGAACAAAAGUAAUUUGGCCCCUUUCCAUCAGUUAAUGGGGGUAGUCGGGGAGAGGAGUUAGAUGUAACUAGUUAGAUUGGCAUUGUAAUUCAUGUAAUUGAGGAAGUUUAUUGUAAUUUAGCCAGCAAUGAGGUCUUUUUCCAAUAAUUUAUAUUAUUUUUUUC